AUGAGUGCAUCCAAGCUGCCGGAGGCCAUGGAAGAAAAUUUGGACAAGAUAGACUCCGCUCUUGAUAAUUUGGAGACUGCGCUAGAACCCAUCCUCGCGACGCCCUGGGAUACGCUAAAUGCAUGCCUGGAACCCGUUCAAAGAGCAAAGUUGAAUCUGAUGAUAGCAUACACGAUCGAUUCUCUGUUUUUCUUGUACUUGAAGACACAGCAGGGUAUAGCAACGGAGGAGCACCAAGUGAACGAGGAGUUGGCUCGAGUGAAGUCUUACAUGUCAAAGUUGAAAGAUGCUACAGCUGCUCAAGAAAACGAAAAGUCGAAGCUGAAGCUCAACAAAGAUGCUGCAGCGAGGUUCAUCAAGGCAGGGCUGGUAUGA